CGGGUGAAGUACCAGGGGUUGAACCCAGGGGCUCUUAACUAAUGAGGCACAUCCCCACAUCCCCAGCCCCUUUUUAAUGUUUUGUUUUGAGAGGAUCUUGUUAAAUCGCUGAGGCUGGCUUUGAACUUUUGAGCCUUCUGCUUCACCCUCCCAGGACAGGGCCGCCAGGGAUUACCUGCGUGUGCCAAGAGACUGCCGAUUUUAUAGAAAAAAUAACCCAAUAUAAACAAUUUCAUAUGGUUCAAGGUAUCAACUCUUCUGAUGCAUCUCUCUGCGUGUGUUUUUUCUUCGCACUUCUAAUUCAGAGAGAUUGUUGUAGUUACUGACUCAACAGUAAGAGGAAACUAGGAAAGAGGAAACUAGGAAAAUGCUUGCCUAGGCUGGACAGACCUGGAGCCGCUGUUCUAGCCAUAGGCUUCAGUUCAACAAUUUUCCUGGGUAAUAGAGACUAUCUUUGUGGAGAUAGACGGGAAAAUAAGAUGUGUCAAUGCCCUCGAAGUGUUCAGGGCAAAUCCGGAAGACUCACAAACCAAUAAUUCAGUAAACGAGGGGAAAGGAUUGGUGAGGUCUACAUGGGAACAAAGACGAAGCUCCUUUAUCCAGAGAAGAGGGGUCUCAUUAAGUUGCUGAGGCUGGCCUUCAAGAUGUGAUCCUCCUGCCUCAUGUUCUGGACUAGCUGGGGCUACAGGCCUGCUCUACAAGGUUUGGCCCUCUCUUCAGAUUUCAUCUGCACCAUCAGUCUCCUUGAACCUCCAGGCUUCUGUACAAUUUCUCUCUGGGUAUAGAUCCUCCAGGCCUAUGCUGGGUAUUUUGGUCAUAGCAAUGAAAAGCUGACCUACACAGUUUCCUUGAGUUCUGUGAGCUACUCUAGCAAAUUAACCGAAUCCAAGGAGAGGAUUGUGAGACUGCAAUUUAUAGUUGAUGUGUCAGUAUCGCAGAUCACAACCUGUGUUUUCCAUUGGCAUCUGAAGUGAAGAAACAGUCUUGUGAAUCUGUUGGGAUCUGAUGCUAUUUCCAGCUAGUGUCAGAAUUGAGUUGAUUCAGAGAACAACUGACUGUUGUCCACUAGCAUAUCUGCUGGAGAUUGAUUGCUUGGUCGGUUUGAGGAGGAAACCCCACACAUUUCAUUGAACAGAGGUGAAGUGUGUACAGGCGCUCCCAUUUCAGAUUGCUAAACUCGAGUCAGGAGAUAAAAUUCGAGAGGAGGUGACAAGCCACACCCCGCAGUGCCUGCGAAUUUGCCCAGGAGCCGACCUUCUCACGAGCAGACGCUGCCAAGAUGCCAGGCCCGCCGCUCCUGACCGCUGCCCACCUUCUCUGCGUGUGCACGGCCGCGCUGGCUGCGGGCCCCGGGCCCUGUUUUCUGGUGACAGCCCCAGGGAUCAUCAGGCCUGGAGGAAAUAUAACUGUUGGGGUGGAGCUUCUGGAACAUAGCCCCUCACAGGUCACUGUCAAGGCGGAGGUGUUCAAGACCAUGUCAAACCUAACUGUCUCUGUUCUGGAAGCAGAAGGAAUCUUUGAAAAAGGUUCUUUCAGGACACUUACUCUUCCAGCACUACCUCUGAACAGUGCGGAGGAGAUUUAUGAGCUACGUGUAACUGGACAUGCCCAGAAUGAGAUUUUAUUCUCUGAUAGUACACACUUAUCAUUUGAGACCAAGAGAAUAUCUGUUUUUAUUCAAACAGACAAGAUGCUCUAUAAGCCAAAGCAAGAAGUGAAGUUUCGGGUUGUUACACUCUACUCGGAUUUCAAGCCUUAUAAAACCUCUUUGAACAUUCUAAUUAAGGACCCCAAAUCCAAUUUGAUCCAACAAUGGUUGUCACAACAAAGUGAGCUUGGAGUCAUUUCCAAAACUUUUCAAGUAUCAUCACAUCCAAUCCUUGGUGACUGGUCCAUUCAAGUUCAAGUGAAUGACCAGACAUAUUAUCAAUCAUUUCAAGUCUCAGAAUAUGUGUUACCAAAAUUUGAAGUUGCUUUGCAGACACCAUUAUAUUGUUCUUUGACUUCUAAGAAUUUAAAUGGUACCAUCACCGCAAAGUAUACAUAUGGGAAGCCAGUGAAAGGAGAUGUAGUGCUUACAUUUUUACCUCUAUCUUUUUGGGGAGAAAAGAAAAAUAUUACAAAAAAAUUUAAGAUAAAUGGAUCUGCAAACUUCUCUUUUAAUGAUGAAGAGAUAAAAAAGGUGAUGGACUUUUCAGAUGGACAUUCUGAACACUCGGAUCUCUCUACUCCUGGGCCAAUAGAAAUUCUAGCCACAGUGACAGAAUCACUUACAGGCAUCUCAAGAAAUGCAAGCUCCAAUGUGUUUUUCAAGCAACAUGAUUACAUCAUUGAAUUUUUUGAUUAUCCUACUGUCUUGAAGCCAACUCUGAACUUCACAGCCACUGUGAAGGUAAGCCGUUCUGAUGGCAACCAACUGACUCUUGAAGAAAGAAGAAAUAAUGUAGUCAUAACAGUGACACAGAGAAACAAAACCGAUUUCUGGAGCAGACAGAACCGUGGCAAUCAGGACAUGGACACUGUCCAGAUCAUGAAUUAUACGGUCCCCCAAAAUGGAAUCUUUAAGAUUGAAUUCCCAAUCCUGGACAACUCCAGUGAGCUACAGCUGAAGGCUUAUUUUCUUGCUAGUGUAAGUAGCAUGGCAGUUCAUGGCAUGUUUACAUCUCCCAGUAAGACAUACAUCCAGCUAAAAGCAAGAGAUGAAAAUAUAAAGGUGGGAUCACCUUUUGAAUUGGUGGUCAAUGGCAACAAGCAAUUGAAGGAAUUUAGCUAUAUGGUAAUAUCCAAGGGACAGUUGGUGGCUGUAGGCAAACAAAAUACAACAACCUUCUCUUUAAUACCAGAAAGUUCUUGGGCACCAAAGGCUUGUAUAAUUGUGUAUUAUGUUGAAGAUGAUGGAGAAAUUAUAAAUGAUGUCUUAAAAAUUCCUGUUCAGCUUAUUUUUAAAAAUAAGAUAAAGCUGUUUUGGAGCAAAGCUAAUGCUGAGCCUUCUGAGAAAGUCUCUCUCAGGGUCUCUGUAACACAGCCGGACUCAGUAGUUGGGAUUGUAGCUGUUGACAAAAGUGUGAAUCUGAUGAAUGCCUCAAAUGAUAUUACAAUGGAAAAUGUGGUCCAUGACUUGGAACUUUAUAACACAGGAUAUUAUUUAGGCAUGUUUAUGAAUUCUUUUGCUGUCUUUAAGGAAUGUGGUCUCUGGGUAUUGACGGAUGCAAACCUUGUGAAGGAUUAUGUUGAUAUUGUUUAUGAUACUGCGGAGUAUGCUGAGAUGUUUGUGGAGGAAACCCAGGGGUAUCCAGUAGAUAUUAAUGAUUUUUCUUCAUUUAGCAACCCACGUGUAAGAAAGCAUUUUCCAGAGACUUGGAUUUGGCUAGACACUGAUAUGGGAUCCAAGAUUUACCAGGAAUUUGAAGUUACAGUACCUGACUCUAUCACUUCUUGGGUGGCUACUGCUUUUGUGAUAUCCGAAGACUUAGGUCUUGGAUUAACGACUGCCCCAGUGGAGCUACAAGCCUUCCAACCAUUUUUCAUUUUUUUGAAUCUUCCCUACUCUGUUAUCAGAGGUGAAGAAUUUGCUUUGGAAGUAACCAUAUUCAAUUAUUUGAAAGAGGCCACUGAGGUUAAGGUAAUCAUUAAGAAAAGUGAUGGAUAUGAUAUUCUAUUGACUAAUGAAAUCAAUGCCACAGGACACCAGCAGACCAUUCUGGUUCCCAGUGAGGAUGGGGCAACUGUUGUUUUUCCUGUCAGGCCAACACAUCUGGGAGAAAUUCCUAUCACAGUCAUGGCUAUUUCACCCACUGCUUCUGAUGCUAUCACCCAGAGGAUUUUAGUAAAGGCUGAAGGAAUAGAAAAAUCAUAUUCACAGUCCAUCCUACUAGACUUGACUGACAACAAACUGCAAACUACCAUGAAAUCUUUCAGUUUCUCAUUUCCUCCUGAUACGGUCAGUGGCAGCGAAAGAAUUCAGAUCACUGCCGUUGGAGAUGUUCUCGGGCCUUCCAUCAAUGGCUUAGCCUCGCUGAUUCGGAUGCCUUAUGGCUGCGGUGAACAGAACAUGAUCAAUUUCGCUCCAAAUAUCUACAUUUUGGAUUAUCUGACAAAGAAGAAACAACUGACAGAUAAUAUAAAAGAAAAAUCACUUUCAUUUAUGAGGCAAGGUUACCAGAGGGAACUUCUCUACCAGAGGGAUGAUGGCUCCUUCAGUGCUUUUGGGAAUAAUGACCCUUCUGGGAGCACUUGGUUGUCAGCUUUUGUUUUAAGAUGUUUCCUUGAAGCUGAUCCUUACAUAGAUAUUGAUCAGAAUGUGUUACACAGAACAUAUACUUGGCUCAAAGGACAUCAGAAAUCCAAUGGUGAAUUUUGGGAGCCAGGAAGAGUGAUCCAUAGUGAACUUCAAGGUAGCAAUAAAAGUCCAGUAACACUUACAGCCUAUAUUGUGACUUCUCUCCUGGGAUACAAGAAGUAUCAGCCUAAUAUUGAUGUUCAAGACUCUGUCACAUUUUUGGAGUCUGAAUUCAGUAGAGGAAUUUCAGACAAUUACACUCUAGCUCUUAUAACUUACGCGUUGUCGUCAGUGAAAAGUCCUAAAGCAAAGGAAGCUUUGAAUUUGCUGACUGAACGUGCAGAACAAGAAGGAGGCAUGCAAUUCUGGGUGUCAUCAGUAUCCACGCUUUCUGAGUCCUGGCAACCACGCUCUCUGGAUAUUGAAGUUGCAGCUUAUGCACUACUUUCACACUUUCUGCAGUUUCAGAUUUCCGAGGGAAUCCCAAUUAUGAGGUGGCUAAGCAGGCAGAGAAAUAGCUUGGGAGGCUUUGCAUCUACCCAGGAUACCAUUGUGGCCUUAAAGGCCCUGUCUGAAUUUGCAGCUCUAAUGAAUACAGAAAGGACAAAUGUCCAAGUGACUGUGUUGCAGCCUAGCUCAUGGAGUCCUGUAAAGUUUCUGAUCGAUACACAGAACCGCUUUCUCCUUCAGACAGCAGAGAUUGCUGUGGUACAGCCAACUGCUGUUAAUAUUUCUGCAAGUGGUUUUGGAUUUGCUAUUUGUCAGUUCAAUGUUAUUUAUAAUGUGAAAGAUUCAGGGUCUUUUAGAAGAAAAAGUUCUACCCAAAAGCAAGAAGGCUUUGAUUUAGAUGUUGAAGUAAAAGAUAAUAAAGAUGAUAUCAAUCAUGUGAAUUUGAAUGUGUGUACAAGGUUUUUGGGCCCGGAUAGGAGUGGCAUGGCCCUUAUGGAAGUUAACCUUCUUAGUGGCUUUACUGUGCCUUCAGAUGCAAUUCCUCUAAGCGAGACAGUGAAGAAGGUGGAACAUGAUCAUGGAAAGCUCAACCUCUAUUUAGAUUCUGGACAUCCAGACCCAUCGAUCAUCAACUUGGGUCAAACCAUGCACCCCUCGCAUGGAUCUAGACGGGCAGAAGACACCUCCCAGACCGGGCACUCUGGAGCACAGCGCCCAAAAUCCACAGCUUCCUCUGCAGGUAAACCACCUCGCAUUGGAGAUUAUACAGUAGUGAAAACCCUUGGCAAGGGGACCUUCGCCAAAGUCAUGCUGGCCCGUCACGUCAUCACAGGUAAAGAAGUGGCAAUCAAGAUCAUCGAUAAGAGACAUCUGAAGCCACAAGUCCUCCAAAAGAUGUACAGAGAGGUGAGAAUCCUCAAGAUGUUAGACCACCCACACAUCCUGAAGCUCUAUGAAGCUCUGGACUGCGAAAAAGCACUCUGUUUGGUCCUGGAGUACGCCAGUGGAGGGGGAGUUUUGGACUAUCUGGCCAACAAAGGAAGGCUGCAGGAAGAGGAGGCAAGAUCUAUAUUCCGGCAGGUCGUGUCUGCAGUCCAAUAUUGUCACCAAAAGCAGGUCGCCCACCGAGACCUGAAGGCGGACAAUCUGUUAUUAGACUCACAGAUGAAGAUCAAGGUAGCCGAUUUUGGACUCAGCAACGAGUUUACACUUGGGUGUAAACUCGACACGUUUUGCGGCAGUCCGCCCUACGCAGCUCCAGAGCUCUUCCAGCGCAUAGAGUAUGAUGGUCCCGAAGUGGAUGUGUGGAGUCUUGGCGUGGUUCUGUACACCCUAGUCACCGGGUCGCUUCCUUUUGUUGGGGACAAUGUGAGAGAAAUUAGAGACAGAGUGCUACAAGGUAGAUACCAAAUCCCUCUGUACAUGUCAACAGAAUGUGAAAAUCUGCUGAAACGCUUGCUGGUGCUCAAUCCAACUAAGCGCAGCACCCUGGCCGAAAUUAUGGGAGACAGGUGGAUCAACAGAGGCCUUGAUGUCCUCCAACCUCUUGUUGGUCCAUAUGUGGCCAUCUUCCACAGAAACAUCUCAUUGGCUAAGCUGCUGCCAAGCAGGGUCCUCAGAAAGAGCACCAGCUGGCCUCCUCACCGCAAAGUGCAGCGAAGCGUUUCCACUCAGAAGCAGACACAGUCCCUGGACCAUGCUGGAACUGGGCCAUAUCUGACCAGCACUGCCCAGAGUCACCUCAGAGAACAUCAAAUGGCCUCCCAGAAAUCCGGUGGCAGUGCUGUGGGAGGAAAGGGAAUUUCUCCAGCCAGGCCCCUACCUGGGAUCACCACCAGUCCCAAGGAGCUGGAGACUCCUGAAUUCAAGAAAAUGCCUGCUGCCUACAAGAGCAGCACACCAUCUGGAGGGAGGACACUGUGGAGUAAGUACAUUUGCCGCAAAACAACCAAAGCAGACACACGUUCAGUGAGCCAGAAUGGUCAGAACAACAGCAACUUCCCUGCUCAGAGCCCUCCAGUGACUUCAACCCACAGUGUCCCAAGUACCUCCACCCGGGGCUGCAUCUGCUUCCCCAGAGCCAGUGUCCUUCGUAGAAUGUUCCACCGCCAGCCCCGGGAAUCCCAAACUGCAACACACGAAGGUCCUCUUGCCUCACCCAGCUGCUUCCAUCCAGCUGAAGCAUUGCCCCAGACUCAAAGAAGAGGCACCACUGGUGUUUUUACUAAGUUAACAUCUAAAUUCACAAGAAGGCCUCCAACUGAGUCUGAGAAGACCGUGAGAUAUAAGGGUUCAAGUCAACAUGUCUCUGCUGAGCAGAGAAAGGAGAACCAACAAGCAAAACCUUGCUCCCUGCACUUCACCUGGGGCAUGAAAAUCACUAGUGCCAUGGAUCCUAGUGACAUCAUGAGGGAAAUCCGCAAGGUGCUAGAUGCCAACAACUGCCAAUAUAUGCACAAGACGCCCUUUCUGCUCCUUUGCAUCUAUGGAGAUGGGUACACCGAGAAAGUGGUGCAGUGGGAGAUGGAGGUAUGUAAACUUCCCAGACUGUCUUUAAACGGGGUCCGCUUUAAGCCCAUAUCAGAGAAAUCCAAGGCAUUCAAAAAUAUUGCUUCCAAAAUUGCCAGUGAGCUCAAACUGGAACCCAGUCAUUAGGAUGUAAAUUCAGCAGCAACUUGAAGUGUUUUCCUCAACACUGAUGGACAUAUAGAAUAACAUUUAGGCAAUUGUUGGGAGCAAUGACUAAAUUAGGGUUCUUUAAUUGUCCCGGGAGGUGAUGCCCCUCGUGGGAAUUCUUGAUGCAAGGCGCUGGUCAAGACUGCCCAGUUUCUUGGGUGAAGACCUGUUCCACCUGUCCCACCCAGGGAGCUAUUCAGUUCUUGAACUUGUGGUUCAGGUGGCAGGGCUCAGCGGUGGAACGUUAUGGGCACAAGCUGCUACUCAUAAUUGGACUGGUCAUACAUAUGACCUUGGUUUUGAUGGCUUUGCCCAAAUUUUCUCACAAAAAAAACCUUUUAAGUAUGAAACUUAUAUAACAAACGUGUUGAGCUGGCUCCUGACCGUUGCACUCUACCAGAGUGUAAUCGACACCCAGUUCCAGCUUUUUCACCCCUUGGAUUUCUGACUUUUCUCAUCCCCCAUGGCCCCUCAUCUGGUUUCCUCAAUCAACCACCCUGCAGGUGGCAGCAGAUGGGACCCAAACAGGCUAUUACACUAUGGAGUGCAAUGACCACAAGCCUUCUCAGUGUGAUCAAUGAAAGGGGUUUUGGGAGAAAGUUUGUGCAAAGCAAGCAAAACAGGGUCAUAAGUAGGGGCAACCCGAUUAUGAUGACCAGCUUGCUUUGAUAAACUUCUAACUCCUACACCUGGCAUCCAAACCUCAUGGUCAAGAAGUGAAGAACUCCAUGAGUGUCACAGAACCUCUGUUUGAACAGAUAAGUUCCCAUAGCAACUGGGAAGUCUCAAGGGGCGCUUUCCCACUGAGAGUUCCCAAGACAGCUUUUGGCUUUAUCACAGAACAUUUCAAAAACACUAAUUCGCUGCUUCAGCGAGGCAUUGUCAUUUCCAUCUUCCAUCUUCUACUUCAUGACCUGAAAAUCUGAGGUGAAGAACACCACACCUGGGAGUGGAAGCUGGCCUUUACUAUGAAUGCCCUAAAGUCAUGAGACACCAAAAAAGAAAAAGAGAGAGAAAGUUGCAUUUGAGACAUGCCAAUUCCUCACAGUACAGUGCUCCAUCAAUGGCUUUCAUUUCAGAGGUACUCCAUCUCUCCUUACAUGCUCUCCAUUGGAUGAUCCCAAGACAGCCAUUGCCUCUGUCACAGACCUGUAAAGAACUCUAAUGCAGUUGCUGCUUCAGACAGUCAUUGUCAUUUCCAUCUUCCAUCUUCUACAUCAUGACAGUAAAAUCUGAGGAAAAGAACACCAUGACUGGGAGUGGAAACUGCAGUUUACUAUGAAUGCCCUAAAAUCAAGGGACACCAGAAAAGUAAGAAAGAAAGAGCCAUUUAAGACCUGCAAAUUCCUAACACUACAGUAAUGCAUUAAAGGCGUCCAUUUCAGUGGUAAUCCAUUUCUCCUAACAGAUUCUCCAUUGAAUGUUUCCAAGACAGACCUCGCCUCUGUCAGAUCAUUCAAGAACCCUAAUCCAGUAGCUGCCUCAUACUAGCAUUGUUGUUUCCAUCGUCCAUGUUCUACAUCAUGACCGAGAAAUCUGAAAAAAAAAAAAAAAAAGAACACCACGAAUGGGAGUGGAAACUGCCUCUACUAUGAAAGACUUAAAUUCAUGGAACUCUGAAAUAGAAAGAUGCACUUGAGACCUGCAAAAACUUAACACUUCAGUGCUCCAUUAAUGGGUUUCAGUUCAGAGUUAAUGCAUCUCUAUCACAUGCUCUCCAUGUAAUGUGCCCAAGACAGCCAUUGCCUCUGUCACAGACCCAUUCAAGAACCCUAAUCCAGUUGCUGCUUCAUACAGCCAUUGUUGUUUCCAUCUUCCAUCUUCUACAUCAUGACAGAAAAAUCUGAGAAAAAGAAUAUCAGGCAUGGGAGUGGAAACUGGCCUGUACUACGAAUGCCCUAAAGUGAUGGGACACCAAAAAAGAAAGAAAGGUAGACCCAUUUGAGACCUGCAAAUUCCUAACACCAUAGUGCUCCAUCAAUGGCUUUCAGUUCAGAGGUAAUCCAUCUCUCUUCACAUGCUCUCCAUGGGAUGUGCCCAAGACAGCCAUUGCCUCUGUCACAGAACAUUUCAAGAACCCUUAUCCAGUUGCUGCUUCAGACAGGCAUUGUUAUUUCCAUCUUCCAACUUCUACAUUAUGACAGUAAAAUCUGAGGAAAAGAACACCUCCACUGGAAGUCGAAGCUUCCCAUACUAUGAAUGCCCUAAGAUCAUGGAACACUGAAAAAGAAAGAAAGACCCACUUGACACAUGCAAAUUCCUAACACAUCAGUGCUCCAUAAGUGGCUUUCAGUUCAGAGGUAAUCCAUCUCUCCUGAUACACUCUCCAUUUAAUGGGCUCAAGAGAGCCAUUGCCUCUGUCACAGAACAUUUCAAGAACCCUAAUCCAGAUGCUGCUUCAGACAGUCAUUGUCAUUUCCGCCUUCCAUCUAUACAUCAUGACUGUAAAAUCUGAGGAAAAGAUCACCACACCUUGGAGUUGAAUCUGGCCUUUACUAUGAAUGCCCUAAAGUUAUGCGACCCGGAAAACAAAAGAAAGACCUGCUUGAGACAUGUAAUUUUCUAACAGUUCAGUGCUCCAUCAAUGGCUUUCACUUCAGAGGUAAUCCAUCUCUCCUAACUUGCUCUCUCUUUAAUGUGCCCCAAACAGCCAUUGCCUCUGUCACAGAACAUUUCAAGAACCCUAAUGCAGUUGGUACUUCACACAGGCAUUGUUGCUUCCAUCUUCCAUCUUCUACAUCAUGACAGAAAAAUCUGAGAAAAAAAAAACACCACGCCUGGGAGUGGAAGGUGGCCUGUACUAUGAAUGCCCUAAAGUCAUGGGACACCAAAAAAGAAAGAAAGACCCAUUUGAGACCUGCAAAUUCCUAACACUACAGUGCUCCAUCAAUGGCUUUCAGUUCAGGGGUAAUCCAUCUCUCUUCACAUACUCUCCAUGGGAUGUGCCCAAGACAGCCAUUGCCUCUGUCCCAAUACAUUUCAAGAACCCUAAUCCCUUUGCUGCUUCACACAGGCAUUGUUGUUUCCAUCUUCCAACUUCCACACCAUGACUGUAAAAUCUGAGGAAAACAACGCCAUGCCUGGGAGUGGAAGCUUCCCAUACUAUGAAGGCUCUAAAGUCAUGGGACACUGAAAAAGAAAGACCCACUUGAUACAUGCAAAUUCCUACCAGAUCAGUGCUCCAUAUGUGGCUUUCAAUUCAGAGGUAAUCCAUCUCUCUUGAUACACUCUCCAUUUAAUGUGCUCAAGAGAGCCAUUGCCUCUGUCACAGAACAUUUCAAGAACCCUAAUGCAGUUGCUGCUUCAUACAGGCAUUGUUCUUUCCACCUUCCAUCUUCUACAUCAUGACCUGAAGGUCUGAGGAAAAGAACACCACGCCCGGGAGUGGAAGCUGGCCUUUACUAUGAAAUUCCUAAAAGUCAUGGGAUCCUGAAAAAGAAAGAACGACCCAUUUGAGACCUGAAAAUUCCUAACAGUUCAGUGCUCCAUCAAUGCCUUUCAGUUUAGAGGUUAUAUGUCUCUUCUAACAUGCUCUCCAUUUCAUGUUCCCAAGAUAGCCAUUGCCUCUGUCACAGAAGAUUUCAAGAACACUAACCCAGCUGCUACUUCAAACAGUCAUCAUCAUUUCCAUCUUCCAUCUUCUACAGUAUGCCAGUAAAAUUUGGGGAAAAAUACUCCAAACCUGGGAGUGCAUGCUGGCCUGUCCUCUGAAUGCCCUGAAGUCAUGGAACCCCCAGAAGAAAGAAAGACCCAUUGGAGACCUGCCAAUUCCUAACAGUUCAGUGCAUCUUCAUUGGCUGUCACUUCUGAGGUCAUACAUUGCUACUAACAUGCUCUUCAUUUAAUGUUCCCAAGACAACCAUUGACUGUCACAGAACUUCUCAGAAUCCUAAUCCAGUUGCUGCUCCACACAGGCAUUGUCGUUUCCUUCUUCCAUCUUCUACAUCAUGACACUGAAAUCUGAGGAAAGAACAGCAUGCCUGGGAGUGGAUGCUGGCCUUUACUAUGAAAGACCUAAGUCAGAGAAGAAAAGAAAGACCUACUCGAGCCCUGCCAAUUCCUAACACUUCAGUGCUCUGUAAUUGGCUAUCACUUCUGAGACAGGCAUUGUCGUUUCCAUCUUCCAUCUUCUACAUCAUGACAGUGAAAUCUGAGGAAAAGAACACCAAGCCUGGGAGUGGAAGCUGGCCUGUACUGUGAGUGCCCUAAAGUCAUGGGACCCUGAGAAAGAGUGAAGGACGCCUGUAAGAAAUACAAUUCCAAACAGUUCAUUGCUGCAAAAUGGCUUUCAGUUAAGAGGUAAUCCAUCUCUCUUAACAUGCUCUCCAUUUAAUGUUUCCAAGACAGCCAUUGCCUCUGUAACAGAACAUAUCAAGAACCACAUUCCAUAACACAUGGAGUGCAUGUGACCUUCAGCAAAGUUUCUCACUCAAUGUAUUUUGAGUGAUCCUUUCACAAGUGUACAGGUCUCCCUUGACUUUUUUAGGAACACAAUAGUGCAUUUUAAUGGUAUGUUCUUUCUGAUUGACACACUCUCUGUUCACACACAUUCAUACCAUUGUCAUGACUGCAGCCAAGCACUGUGAUGAAUUGGUAGCUAUAUUUUAAUCUUUAGGUGAUGUAGCAUACAAGAUUUCUAUCAUUUUGUUCCUAAAUUCUUAUAUUUGAACAUUAAAUAGUACUCAUAAUUUUAUUUUCUGUUCCAUAUAUCAUAAACACUCAUUUUUUAUUCUCUGCUUUAUAACAUACAGAUAUUAGUACUUUUGACUCUUCCUCUGAGUUCUUUCAACUUCUGUUAUUUGUUUUUUAUUUUUUAAUUGUCAAGAUUGGACAAUUAUCUAGUAUAUAUUACAUGGAAAAGGAAAUCCAUUAACUCUUAAAUUUAAAGAAUAUUUCCAUUCUGCGUAUGUCAUGAUGGUUAAAAAAAAAUAGACCAACAAAGUUUCAUGCCUAAUAAAGAUAGUCUUUCAGAACCGGAUCUUUUCGUCACUAAAAAUCUCCUGUCAAGAAACCUCAGAAUAUUCAAUAUGAGAUGUACAUAUGUCCUUAAGAGAUGAACACUGACACUGAGGCCAAUCAGGUCAAUCAAGUCAAGACAGCCAAUCUUAUUGGCUAACCAUGUCAGGUAGGUGGUCUGACAUUAUUUUCUACUAAUCUCAUGUUUCCACUGACUUCUUUGUGUACACACAGGUGUUCGUGCUCUGCCUCCGUGAAUUUAUACUGACAACAUGCAAUUCAGGUGUUGCUUGCUUCUUUAAUCUUGUAAAUAUGGAAAACUACUCACAGUACUUAUGAUACUAUGAUUUUGUAAUUCCAUUUCACUGAGUAGUGUCUUUUUUCUCCCUUUCUUUUCUUUCCCUUUUGGUACUGGAGAUUGAUCCCAGGUGUGAUUUACCACUGGACUACAUUCUCAGUCCAUUUUAAUUUUUAUUUUUCAGACAGGGUCUCACUAAGAUGUGAAGGUUAGCUUUCAACUUGUGAUCCUUCGGUCUUGGUCUCCCAAGUGGCUGGGAUUACAGGUGUGAGCCGAUGUACCUGGCAUUUCAUUUUAUUUCACUGGUUCAGUGGUUUGUUUUCCAAUUACCUCCCUUUUCCUCAUCAAUAUUUGCCUUCAGUAUAUAAUCUUUCCUUCAAUUUGUCCUAUUUCAUCUAAUGCAGUUACAUUGAACAAAGUAGGAUCAUGAUGAGAACAAAAAUUCCAAGAGGUGCGUGGUGCACAACUAUAAUAACAGCUACUCAGGAGACUGAAGCAGGAGGAUCAGAAGUUUGAGGCCAGCCUCAGCAAUUUAAAGAGACCCUGACUCAGAAAAUGAAAAAGGUUGGUGAUGUAGCUCAGUGGUAGAGUGCUCCUGAGUUUAAUCCCUAGUACCUAAAAAGUAAAGAAAAUAAUAGAGAAAACACAAGAAUUUCUCUUGGGGAAUCACAGAAACCCCAAGUUCCACAUGUUAAAAACUAAAUUCAUCAACCAGAAUCCAGCCUGUAUUCCCCAUUUAAGGACACCCAAUGCCAAGACCAAAAACCCAGAAGGCUUCCUACUUCCCUUCUUUUGGUCUCUGUCCUUCCUGCUGUGAAGUCUUAUCUGCUGGGCCCUAUAAAGACCAGUUGGAUUGGGGCAGUUUUCUCUGUCCUCACUUCUGCUACCUCUGUUUGGUCCCAAUGAAAUUUUAAAUUCUCUUACUGAAGAACUGUUCACUCUUCAUUGUUCUCCUUGCAUACAGUCUUGCUCACCUUCACACCCUUCUCCACUUCCAGUCCGAACAAUCUGUUUUAUAUUCAGAUCCAGCAAAAAUCAGUUUUUGCUUGAAAGCCUUAUAUAAUGCCUCAAAUCCCUGACAUGCUAUUUGUGGCCUUUCAUUGUCUAGAUUCUGUUUAUGUUAUCAGCAUAAUAUCAUAACACCCCUUCUCUAACUCUUACUUCAGUGACACUGAAUGAUUCCUGAGCCUCUAACAUGACCUUUGUAUUUGGCCCUUAGGUUUUUGCAUAUUGUGACCCCUCUCAAUGGAACAUUCUUUCAUCACUCUCCUCUCCUGGCCAACUUGUAUAUCUAGGUUCCCUAUAGAUGACAAACCCUUCCUGAACAUCCUCUUAAUUAUCUUUCCAAAUAUAAUGUUGUAGUUACUUCUCAGAAUACCUAUAUCAUGCUGACAUGAUCUCUAUAUCUAUUUUACCUUGAACUGUGCAAUUCUCACAGAGAUUAUAUCUUAUUUGCUGCUUAUCCUCAGCACCUGUUACAGAUAGUGACAUUGCCUUGUAUCUGUUUGCUAAGUGGAUGAAUGACAAGUCCUUUGUCAUACAUUCCUUGAUUCUCUCAGCAUAAUUGCAGUAGAACAGAUGACUAUCUCAUGGGGUGAUAUAAGUAUCAUUUUUUUAAAUGAAUGGAUUAAUUAGAUAACAUCUUUAAACUGCUCUUAGGGCUUGGAGAGAAAUACAUUUACUGUCAUUGAACAUUUGGAAGUAAACACUAUGACAUCAGCUUUGUCUAACCCUUUUCAAGCUACCAGUCUUCAUCUAUCACUUUCAAGAAUUUCCACAUGACUAAAAAAAUCUCUUUUCUAUAUGCUUUAAUUCUCUAGUUGCUCAGUUGGAGGAAAAAAAAAUGUUUCUUGUAUUUUGGGCGGUAUAUAUGAUGAUCUUCAUAGUUAUUCUAAGGCAUAUUACAUUAGGAUAAACUUGUUUCAACUAUUUAAAUUUAAAUCCAAAAACUCAUUUGUUUUCUCUCAGAAAUCUAUUUGAAAUCUUUCAGCAAUCCAGUUAUUUAAACAAAAAACUUUCCAAAAGCAAUAUUGUCGUCUAAUGCCCUAAUUAACCUCUACAAACUGUAUUUGUAUUCCCUCUGCAGUGAUUUCAAAAUCUCUAUGGUCCCUGGAAUGCUUUUUAUAUCAAUGGGAGAGCUGGGUUCUACUGAAAGGUUUGGAUUUAUUGUCUAAGUUUUGCUUAUCCAAUUCUUCCAUGGUACUAUAUCCAUUGUUAAAAGCAAACAUUUUCUUUUCUAUAAUCUAUUCGUUGUUCUUUAAGAUUUGUUCUACUUGUUUUCUAAUAGCAAAUCAUUACUGUUUGAGGGAAUUUUGGUUGAAUUUCCCACAUUUAAAAAUUACUCUGAAAAUCAUAUUGUCAGACUAAAAUUUGGCAUAGAAAUCAGCACAAUAAGACUUUUAACAUCUAUGAGUCCUGCCUCCUUCAUUAGUUAGAUCAACUCUGACUGAACACAAGAAUAAUGGCAGGAAGAAGCUGGGCCUAGGCAAGCUCCCUUCCCAAACUCACACUCAACUUAAGUAGUUUUACUUUUAUUUGUUGCAUAUGUUGGACAGCUGAGUAAAGACUUCAUUUUGGAAAAAAAAUUAAUGGAAAACUUUGCUACAAAAUAUUUUAAGAUCUUUUACCUUAGAGCCUGGGUAAGGCUUAGAGAAGAUAGAAUACAAAGCUCCCUAAGGGCACCAAUCCUUUUGGUUAUAUCUCCAAUAUGGCCUAUUUGAUAUAUAGUUGGCUAGCUUAUCAACAUUGUGCAUCAUACUCAGAAUAUCUAGGACAAUUCCCAUAUAUUAUAAAUGGACCCAAGGCUCAUGCAUUGCAGUAAUUGUCCAGUGUGUGCCUUUGAAACCUCUUUCAUACUUAAGGCUGAGGAAGGCUGAUUUCUUUCAUUGAGCAUUCUGAAAGAGUGUGUGUGUGCAUGUGUGUGUGUGUGUGUGUGUGUGUGAGAGAGAGAGAGAGAGAGAGAGAGAGAGAGAGAGAGAGAGAACCUCAAAUAAGCCUGACUUGGAGAUUAUUCUGUUUAUCUGUACACUUUUAAUAUCCACUAAAAUUUUUAAAUAUCUCAAAUAUGCAAGUACAUGGCAGAAGCAAAUCAGACCUUUUGUAUUUCUGUUUCUUUCCAACAGUGCUCCUGCGGUUUUGUCACUUGAGGAGGACAUUGCUUCGAUUGCAUAUGACCAUCAUCUCUUCUCCAGUCUAGAAUUAGUGGUACUAUUACUUUUGGGAAAAUGGCCUUGCUGUACUGUAUGGAUUCUAGGGGAAAGGGUAUCAAUACAGCCCUCUGGAAACUCAUGGACACUGAGUCACAUGACCCUGUUAGCCAAACAAAACUGCUACUAUGGGAUUUGUACUUCAUUUAGAAAGAAAUAAGUUCUCUUCUCUUAGACUAGAGGGAUGAGGUGAGCCUGAAUAAUUGCAGACCGUUCUUCGUUACCUGUAGGCUUGCUCUGCUUUCAUCUGUGUGAUAGAAGGAUUGAUUUAUAUAUGCUCAUGCUAGUAUGCUUAGGUGGCAAGGAGUCUAUCUCCCUGGCAGGAUGCCUGUAGCAUGACUCUACCCAGGAAAAAAGAAGUUUCUUCAGAGAAUUUUUUUUCUGAGAUGUUUUCAGUUUUAGUUUUCCCAUUUCCAAGCACUGCCAUCUCUUCUUGCUGCAGGAAAAGUUUGGAAACUAAAAGUCAAGUUUUAUGACAGAUUGCUCAGCAAUCUGUCCUGUGGUUGGGAUAAAAACAAGCAUGUAUUUAGUAGUUUUUUUUACCUUUUAACUCUCUCUUGUUUGCAAUAUAUUGAAUAAAUACAUACAAAUUAUUCCAAUAUGCAAUCUACAAAUGUUCACUGUAAAAUAUAUGCUUUUCCUGUAACCUGUUUUCUUGUACUGAUGACAUGGGUCUAUCUUAUAAGCUUCUGCAUUAAAAAGAAUUAAACCAAUAAUCCAUUUAAGUCAUUAUAAUUAAGCUACCUCCCUAUUUCUUCUCCUGUGAAAAUAUGAGCAUAACUAUCCUUAAAGUGGAAUUCGUUUUCUUUUAUACUUCUAUAAGUUAGUUUCUAUCUUCUCAAAUAAUGUGUACUCGACAGACUCCUUUUCACGCCCCGAAAAGUAGAGUGGAAAAGAUAAUUUGAAAUUAAGGAUAGUAGAGUGGAAAUGAUAAAUUGGAAUUAAGGAUCACAAUAAAGUCUGUGCUAACACUUUGGUCCUUAUUGCUCAACUUAACUGAGUCCUACUCUUCUUAGACCUUAAAAGAGUUCUAUGGUUGAAAAAAAAAGAGCAUCAUUUUAUCAGAGGACAUUUCAUUAAUAACACAAAUGAGCAAAGCUUGAAAAUUUCUUUAUUCUAAUUUAUUUUUAUUCUUAGUACUGAGAAUUGAACACAGAGCCUUUUCCUGGGAAGGCAAGCAUUUUACCCGCCAGCUACAUCCCAAGUCCUGAGAGUUUCUUCAUUCUAAAGACACAAUGGAAAUACAUAAUUCCAAUGUAUAACUUCCCUAAAUUUUAUUUGCUUCUCUGUUGUUACAAGGAUAAACUCUCAUAACCAGACUACAUGUGGCUACAAAGCCUGGCAUUGUAUGUUACUUCUGAAUUGCUCCAACCCUGCAAUAAUUGAUCACCUUCCUGACAAAGGGAUGCUGCAAGCUGGAGCUAAAAUGCAUAUUUAAGUCAUAGAAAAUGUAAAAGGAUUUUAGAUUUAUAUGUGAUAUUGGAAUCUAAAUAUCAGCUUUGGCAUGUGAUUUAGAUUGAGAGGUUGUAACGGUUUUCUCCUACUGGCAAAGAUUUCCCUGGGGAUUUUAUUUAUUUUUGUUUGUUUGUUUGAAUUAGGUGUAUCAAAGUGCUUAACUAUAAGCACAAAGAAUUAUGUUUAUACUUAAGCAAAUGAUUUAGCUCGUUAUUAUAAGUUGAGGUAACACAUGUUUGGAACGGAGUUCUGAAGAUAUUGUAAUGUCCAAAAAUGCUUGUAAAUUAUUUCCCUUGUUAACUUUCCAAUGCAAAUCUUUAUUAACUAUACUUAUAUAAGAGAACAACAAUACAAAAAAAAAAAAAAAAAAAAAAAAAAAGGACACAAUCAGAAAUACAGUGUUCAACCCCCUGGGCUGCAAGGGUUUUUCAGUCCCAAAGAAGGAACUUUGAGGAUUCAACAGAUAGGGUUUGGAUAUUUUAUGACUCAUGUGCUCCUUGGUGGUGGCAAGCCAGGAUACAAUAGAGGGCUGCACAGCAUGUACAAGCAGGGGAAUAUAUGGGAUAGGCUGCUUGCUCACUGCAGAGGUGAAGUUCUUCAGAAGUUUUAUGAGUACAUUCUUCUACUUUAUAACCAAGGUCACUCUGCUUUAUUCCUCACCUGAAGAUUAGAGAGAAAGGAAACAACCAGUUGCUCCUCUCCAUUUUCUUCCUUAUCACAUUCUUUGGAGUCCUUACCUCACUGCCAGGAACAAUAGCCUUCCUAGGUACUGACUAGUGUUUACCCCACACAGAGAUAGGAAAUACAGGUAAAGGAAGAGCCAGCUCCUCACAAUAAGAAUAAGGAUUCUUGCCAGAUGUGGUGGCCUAUGCCUGUAAUCCGAGCAAUUGAGGUUGAAGCAAGAGGAUCUCAAGUUCAAGGCCAGCCUAGCAACUUAGGAGAGGUCCUACCUCAAUAAAAACUAACAAAAAAAAAAAAAAAAAAAAAAAACAAAAAACUGGGAUAUAACUCAGUGGCUUAAUUCCCCUGGGCUCACCCACAGUAUUAGGAAAAAAUAAAAAAGGGAUUCUCACAAAUCAUGUAAUUAACAGAAGAAAUAAUAAAUCUUAAAAAUAUAUAUUUUGAUUUUUAAUUGACAGAGCUAAUUGUACAUACUUAUGAGACACAGGUGAUAUUUCAAGAUGUGUAUAAAAUGUGUAACAAUGUGUCAGGAUCAUAUCAAUUUAAUUGGCAUAUAUCCUCAGGUAUUUAUCUGUCUCGGUGCUUGCAACAUUCAAAAUACUCUAUUAGUUAUUGGUAAUAUUUAACUGCUGUCAAACAUAGUUAUUUACUAUGCUAUAGAACAUUAGAAGUUACUCCUCUCAUCCAACUGCACCCCUGUACUUCUCCUCAACCCUUCUUCUUCUACUCCCUUCCCAGGCUCUGAUUACCACAGUUCUAUUCUCCAAAGAAGUAAACAACUUAUCUUUGCCACCCAAUAUUGGAAUGAGGCUGUUGUUAUUGAAAACUUAACUGCUAUAUAUUUUGAGGUACUCACAUAUUACAGCAACUUAAGUUUCCACAUUUUCAUUAAAUACUUCAAGGGUAAAUGGAAUGGCUAAAGAAGACUUUUCCCCACCCAAAGCCUUGCCUAGUUUUCAUUAACAAAUAAGAACUACUCAAAUACCAUUAUCAGAUAUUCUUACCAAUACUAUACAUUGCUUAUUUAAAAGUCUUUUCAUGCCUAUAAUUAUCAUUAUGUUCACAUACAUUGUGUUCAAAGUGUAUAGUUUUUUUCUAGCUCUGUAGACAAAUAUGCCAAGCAGCAUUUAGAAUUGAACAAUGAAAACUUCUUAAAUGUACAAAACACAGUAAAAUGUGAACAAAUACCAAGAAUAUUUUAGCUUUCGAUAAGAUGAUUUUGAAUUGAGAGAAAAAGGCCAAUAGAACUAAGUUCUAUAUUACUUUCUGAAAUCAAGACAUCUCUGUGGUCUAAAUGCAUCUUACUAGGCAAAUCAGAGUUAAUGUUGGCAUCCCAAAGAGGCACAGAAUGAAAUGCAAAAAAAAAAAAAAAAUUGAUCUAGUCCAUUAACUGUAUAAAUAAAAAAAUAAAAAUCUCUGCUUAUCAGAUAACAUAUCUAAUAACUUCAUGGAUCAUUAAAAGUAUUGAGAGGCUUAUCUGCAAUAUGGGUUUUGAGGUUCUUUAACAUACUCUUUAUGGGGGAAAAAUGCAUCAUUUAUUCCCAGUGAAUUCAAAACCAUUUCUUCUUUGUAAUUCUAGAUCAGGUUUUACAUUUGGCUUUUGCUGAGAGGACUUAUUGUGCCUUGGGGGUGUGGGCAAUUUACAGAGGGCAAAUUUGCCUUUCUUCAUUCAAACUGUCCUUCCCAAUCCCUUUCCAGUUUGGGGGUGUUAUGGUGGUGAAGAUGGAAAAUGCAUCUCCACUUCUCCACUUCCCUAAGUCAGGAGCUGAAUACCCUUGUUCAUAUCUUCCAUCCACUUUUCUCCUAAAACCCAGACUCCCAUGUCAUUGGUAUAUUGCCUUUAAGGAGUUUUUGAGGAAACAUGGUGAUUAACAGUGAAUGUUUGAAAGUUUCACUUUCCAUAGUUGUUUUCAGCUAUGACAAUAUAUGUAAUCUCAAGUCAGUCUCUAAAUAGAGCCAUCAGAAUGAGAAGUACAGAGACUACAUGGUUAAAAAGGGAGCAUGGGAGACGGGGUCUUGGUUUGUCCUGUUAUUCCCUUCUGUGUGUGUGUGUGUGUGUGUGUGUGUGUGUAUUUAGGUGACUCCAGAGUUGUGGUACUCUGUUCCAGGAUGAUGGUGGGUAGGUGUCCACUUGACAGGGAACAUGGAUGCUCAAACUCCUGAGAUUGAGACUUGGAAACAUUCCCCUUAGAGAGUUGUAGGCAGAGCCUGCUGUAACUCUCAAUCUUAGAUUAUUCCUCCUUUUAGAUUUCUCUCCUGAAUGCAGUUACAAAGAUGCCCACUCACAUACUGAUGUUGCUACUCCCAGAGCUGGAAAUGCUACAGUGAUUUUCUUUGGAGUGUGAGAUUCUAGGUUACUUAGUGUUUCUUCCAUCCCAUUUUUAUAGCUUUAUUCCAUAAAACUAAUUUGAAUCCUUUUAUACUUAGAUAAAAGUAACUUCUAUUAAAGAUAAAAUAACAUGAAAUAAUACGUACCAAAGAUCGGGUCCUCUCAUGAAAUAUUGGAACAUACAUGAGUCAUUGAAAUUUUGAGACACAGAGAGCAUUUGGUAUCAUUGAUAUAGAAGUAAGUUAGCUCAAGAACAGCCUUCGGAAUCAGGCCUUUUAAUUUGGAAGGAUCUUCUGAAUUCAUUGUAAAUAAUAAGAAGAAACUUUAGGGCCAAAUGAAUGGAGAUGAAUCAGAAGUAGCCAACAUUUCCCAGGCCUUUAGAUGCUUAUUUUACUCACUUUAACUUUAUCUAUGAAGGGACAUGAUUAAUAGGUUGUCUGUGACAUUUCCUCAACUCCAGAAACACUUGAGGAUUUGAUGCUGAAUUGAAUCCUCCUGUGACAAGUUCACAGGAUGACAGAAGGACAUCAGAUCCAUAAUAAUGGCACAACCCUAGGGAGCAUCUUUGCCUCAUCCUUGGAAUAGCUAAUUAGGUAAACUGUACUUUGCCAAACUGGCAUAAUGACGAGAAGUGUCUCUAGCAGGCAGUAGCAGGUAGCCAUGUACCCUGAGGGUGCAAUGUGACUGGAAGGCAUAAAGACAGGGAACUGUCAUGCACCCUAAUGGAACAGUGAGGAAACUGAAUGGAUGGCUUCCUUCAGCUGAGGUGGUGUGUGCACACCAAGCUUUGACUCUCCUGAUGAAGUGUGUUUGGGGCUCCUAGGAGGUUGUGGAUCUCUGUACCAGGUGGCUUCUACUGGCUUAUUCAUAAAGUUCAAUAAUCGGGUGCUUAGAGGAGCCUGUUGUUUCUCUUGACUUUGAUGAUUGACCAAAACUACUUCUGUGGAUUGAACAGUGACUGUUUCAAUGCAUUUCAUUGAAUUUACUUUCCAAAUUCUUUUUAAGAGAGAGAAUUUUUUAAAAUAUUUUUUAGUUUUCGGUGGACACAAUAUCUUUAUUUUUAUGUGGUGCUGAGGAUAGAACCCAGCGCCCUGCCCACGCCAGGCGAGCGUGCUACCGCUUGAGCCACAUCCCCAGCACUCCAAAAUAUUUUCAAAUUUUAAAUUUAUUUAAAAAUUAUUUUCAAACAAGCAUUGGAGUGAUAGUAAACUUCUCAAUAACGUUUAGCUGAGAAGGUGGCUGCCAUAACUCCCAUACAAAUAUGCCUGAUGGCUUAAUUAUUGUGAUACAGCAUCUAACGUUUUAUAAUAAAAACCUCUCUCUUCUAUAGAUCAGUUUUCCCACAAGAACAGAACAUCAAGUGAAGCACAACAUAAUAUACUGACAUUUAUCAAACUAGAUGGGGAAAGUUUCAAACGCUGGUUUUCACCAUGACCAAGUUUAAAAAAGUAAUAACUUUUUUAAAAGGGAUAAUUAUCUUUAAUAAUUUGGGGGUAUAUUUUAUAAAUAAUAUUCUAUGAAUUUGCUUUUUCUUUUAUUUUGAGACAGCUUCUCAUUACGUUGCAUAGGGUCUCACUAAGUUGUUGAGGCUGGCCUCAAAUUUGUGAUACUCCCGCCUCAGCUUCCAAAGUUGCUGGGAUUACAAGUAUGUUCCACUUCACUGCCUUAUAUAAUUCAUUAUAUGAUUUGAUAAACAUUUUAUUUUCAGUAUGUCCUUUAGCAGAAAUACAUUGAAAAAAAUUGAAUGUGGAUAUUAAAUGUUAAGGGCUACAUUUCUGGAAGUCAAGAAAGUUGAUGAUUGUGUAGCUUGUUUACCGGUAUUUAUAUUCACUGUGGGGCUUGAAUUGAUGAUACUCCUGAUCAUGUGAAAAUCAGAAAACAUGGAUACUGUAUACAAACACUGGUACCUACUCAAAAUGUUAGACAUUUUUAAACAUAAAGGUAUUUGUUUAAUGCAUGCAGUUCCAGAAUGUGAAUUUAUGCAUUUAUUCUUGAGAUAUACCAUUUCAUUGAGAAUAAUAACUGUCCUGUACUAAUCUCAUUUUUGGUUCUGAAUUUUUAUGAUCACAUGUAUUCCUGUUAUUGCAUUUGAUUUCAUGAAUAAAGGAAUAGCUUCACGUUUAAGGGAUGUUUGAAAUGUGAUGAUUUCAUAACAAUAUCAUUAAACUAAGGAUCACUCAGAAGAAAUCAAAUUUAGAAAUUAUCUAAUGAUUUAUAUUUUCUUCUUUCAAGACAUGAAAACAAAUAUAUCCAGAAUUUCACUCUGUUAAGAUGAGACAUUUAUUAUUGCUUAUAGUGAUGUAUGCUUUUUCCUUCCUUCUUUUAUCAUUGAUUUUCAGUUUCAGUCCAUUAUGAUCAGAUAAGAUGCAUGAUAUUAUCUCUACUCCUUUAUAUUGUCUAAGAGUUGCCCUGUGACAUAAUAUAUGAUCUAUUUUUGAGAAGGAUCCAUGUGCUGCUGAGAAAAAAGUGUAACUGCUUGAUCUUGGGUGGUAUAUUCUAUAUAUGUCAAUUAAGUCUAGGUUAUUAAUUGUGUUAUUGAGUUCUAUAGUUUCCUUAUUCAACUUUUGUUUGGAAGAUAUGUCCAGUGGUGAGAGAGGUGUGUUGAAGUGUCCCAUGAUUAUUGUAUGGUGGUCUAUUAGACUCUUGAACUUGAGAAGAGUUUGUUUGAUGAACAUAGCCGCACCAUUGUUUGGGGCAUAUAUAUUUAUGAUUGUUAUGUCUUAUUGGUGUAUGGUUCCCUUAAGCAGUAUGUAGUGUCCCUCUUUAUCCCUUUUGAUUAACUUGGGCUUGAAAUCUAUUUUAUUUGAUACGAGUAUGGACACU